AUGGCACCUGCCACACCUCAUACCAAAGUUGCCAUCAUAGGCUCUGGGCCAGCAGCUCAUACCGCCGCAAUUUACCUUUCCCGAGCCGAACUAAAACCUACCCUUUACGAAGGUAUGCUCGCUGGUGGCACUGCAGCUGGUGGUCAACUGACUACAACGACCGAAGUGGAAAACUACCCAGGGUUCCCGAAUGGCAUCUCGGGUCCUGACCUAAUGGAUAGCAUGCGUGCCCAGUCGGAAAAGUUCGGUACAGACAUCAUUACCGAGACGAUAACGAAGCUCGAUCUAAAGAGCAGGCCCUUCAGACUAUGGAGAGAAUAUGAAGACGGAGACGGUGAUGCUCCUGCGCAUACAGCCGACGCCGUCAUAAUAGCAACAGGUGCAAAUGCGAGAAGAUUAGACCUACCAGGCGAAGAGACCUACUGGCAGAAUGGUAUAAGUGCAUGCGCCGUCUGUGAUGGCGCUGUACCAAUCUUCAGAAACAAGCCGCUAGUAGUCAUUGGUGGUGGUGAUUCUGCAGCUGAAGAGGCACUGUUCCUGACCAAAUACGGCAGCAAGGUCACCGUUUUAGUGCGGAAAGACUUUUUAAGAGCUUCCAAGGCAAUGCAGAACAGACUGUUGAGCCACGAGAAAGUCGAAGUCAAGUUCAACCAUGAAGCUGUGGAGGUAUUGGGCGAAAACAAGCCAAGGGGUCUGAUGACCAACUUGAAGAUAAAGAACAACAAGACAGGUGAAGAGCAGGUCCUUAACGCAAACGGCUUGUUCUACGCCGUCGGCCACGACCCGGCCACAGGGCUUGUUAAGGGUCAACUAGAUCUGGAUGAAGAAGGAUACCUGCUUACCAAGCCGGGUACAUCCUAUACAAGCAUAGAAGGAGUCUUCGCAGCGGGUGAUGUGCAAGACAAGAGAUACAGACAGGCCAUCACUUCGGCUGGCUCAGGCUGUAUAGCUGCCUUGGAGGCUGAGAAAUAUCUUGCCGAGCGCGAAGGCGAAUCGCCAGAACAACAACUUGAGCAAAGUGGUGCGAAGAAGGGUGACAUCAAUGGUGCAGACAACGUGCCAGAAUAUAAAACGAAUCCGCUGCUGUAA